AUGAAACUUUUCAAUACUGAGAAGCUGCUGGUGGCUCGCCAAACCGUCGUCGUGGGCGAUGAACCGAUCUUUUACGUGUUCGAUGCAUUUGGCUCGCGCAGCAAUACCAGCAACAACGCACAUGUAUACGAAGUCAACAUGUAUGCUGGUGUGUGUACCCGCUGCACAGUUUCAAAACAGUUGAGAAUUCCGUGUCGGCAUAUUCAGGCUGUAAUUAACGAUAGAUCCAAGUAUAAAGAUGCGGGCGUCGCUCAGUAUGAUGUGCGGAAAUAUUUCCACUCUGCGUACUUGGUACGGCAUUUGCUAGAUGCCGUCGAAUUACUGUCUAUCCAGCUGCCCCUGGAAGCCGAAUUACUAGAUUCGAAUGACGUCAAGCCACCUCCAAUGUACCGGCAGGCCGGACGCUCUUCAACACGAAUGCCAGUGAAGGAUACGCCUGAUCUUGUAAGAGGAAGCAAAAGAAAACAAAAUCGUGGCGAGGACGCCUCAAGAUCCCGGUAUUGUGGUGGAGAGGGGUUGAACAUUGCAGUAAAGGAUUUAUCUGAUGAAGAGUCAAAGCGCGUCUCUGCGUUUUUUUUUUGA